AUGACAGUCAACGCGGCGCCCACCCACCCCACUCGGGUUUGGCUCCUCACAUCACCUCGCACCGCGUCCAACAUGUUGGUGAAGAUUCUGAACCUCGAUGCCCAGAACGUGCGCCCCGCCGAACACGGCGGGUACUUCUUUCUGAACGCCGGGGUAAAACGCUUUACCUUCCACGACACACCGAUGAACACGUGGAAAGAUGAGGACCGGGCAGCGGUCUACGCGGCGCAGCAAGUAGCCUUCGACAACCUACAGGAGUACCUCGACGCGGCCGAGAAGGAAGGACAGCGCGUGUUCGUCAAGGAGCACGCCUUCAUGAUGAACGACCCCCACUACGAGUCGGAGCACACGUACGGCCCCGACGCCGUCACGGGCACGCCGGGCACCCUCACCGCGAAGGGCAUCGAACACCCCACGCGUUCGGCGCUCAACCUCACCUCGCUGCCGGACGAGUUCCUCAAGACGUGGCGGCCGACCUUUCUGAUCCGCCACCCGGCCAUGAUGCUGCCGUCGCUCUACCGCACCUGCAUCCGGGACGACGUGAACGCGUUCGUGGUCGACGGCCGCAAGGCGCGCCCCGGCAAGGAGCCCCUCCAGUGCGAGGUCACCAUGAAGUGGAUCCGGACCAUGCACCGCUUCUACGAGGCCCACUUCGGCGACGACAGCACCUGGCCCAUCGUGCUCGACGCCGACGACAUCAUGGUCAACCCGGAGCUGGUGACCAAGUACGCCGCGCUGGCCGGGCUCGAGCCGGAGAAGCUGCGCUUCUCGUGGGAGAAGGCCAGCGAAGAGCAGGUGGCGAAAAUGGCGCCGCCGAACAGGGUCAUGUUGAGCUCGAUCAACGCGAGCUCCAAGGUCGACAUGAGCAAGGUCGCCGGGGCUAUCGACAUCGAUGCCGAGGCUGUGAAGUGGAGGGUUGAGUUCGGCGAGGAGGGCGGUAGGAAUCUUGAGAAGUGGGUCAGGGAUGCGAUGCCGGAUUACCUUGACUUGCACGCGAAGAGGCUGAGGCUUUAG